GCCUGCCACUUGAUACAUUGCUACUCCAGGAAGAAUAAAUAUAAUCCUCCCCAUGGCUCCAGUUGCUAAAAGGUUAGAGGGUAAGGUGGCAAUAAUCACAGGAGGUGCCGGGGCCAUUGGUGCAACCACCGCAAAACUAUUCCUUCAACACGGAGCUAAGGUGAUCAUCGCAGAUGUCCAAGACGAACUGGGUAUCUCUCUCUGCAAAUCCCUCAUCACCAAAGACGGUGCCGCUAAUAACAACAACAACAUCGACUACGUUCACUGUGACGUGACCUCCGAACAAGACGUCAAAAACGCGGUCGAUUUGGCUGUUUCCAAAUACGGCCACCUUGACAUCAUGUAUAACAAUGCCGGCACCGCCGGUGACAAUAUCAAGCGCCCGAUGGAGAACUCCACCGUCGAAGACUUCAAGAGAAUCUUCGAUGUCAACGUCUUAGGGGCUUUCUUGGGCGCCAAGCAUGCCGCGAGGGUCAUGGUGAAGGCACAGAGGGGAGGCGUUAUCCUCUUCACGACGAGCAUUACUUCUGUGAUCGGAGGCCAGGCAAAACCGGCUUACAGCGCAUCGAAGCACGCCUUGGUGGGGCUGAUGAAAGAUCUUUGCGUGGAACUUGGGCAGCAUGGGAUUAGAGCGAAUUGCAUUGCUCCGGGGGGGAUUGCGACGCCAAUGCUGAACGGUUGGUUGAAGAUGGAGAGGGAGGGGACAGAGGAGAUCCUGCAGUCGGUGGGGGUGCUGAAAGGUGGAGUGGUUAAGGAGGAAGACGUGGCAGAGGCGGCGGUUUAUUUGAGCAGCGACGAGGGGAGGUUCAUAAGUGGAGUUAACCUUGUGGUGGAUGGGGGUUAUAGCUCAACCAAUGGCUCAUUCGCUAUGAUAGCGAACGUUCUCAAAAACAUCCAAACCACCAAUUGCAUUGAUGCCUAA